AACCGCCUAUGCUGAGUGUUCGGAUUGGAAUGGAGUCGUAGAAAGAGCAACUGCAGCAAAGGUGCCAUAUAUUGUCCUAUAAUCCGAUCUCAUUCAUUCAACACCCACUGGCGCGUCACUCGUUUUAAAGGCGGGUGGCGAUUACUAUCCAAUGGGAAAAAAAUAAGCGUUCUGCGCAGGCCAAAUAUUUGUAAACAUUGCACAUCGACAAACCAACUUCUCCGUUACGCAUUAUCCAGGGUUUCCAAUGUCCGUAGCAAAUGCGAAACAGACGAUUUUUAAUCCGGUAAGUAAUCGCCGAGUGUUGGUCCCUUCACAACCUGCAUUCCAGCUCUUUCUACACUAUACUAUAGGCAUCCGUUCAAGUUAAAUCAGAUGAACGUCCUGCGGGAUUCUGUUAAGCGUUUCCCAUGUGCUCCGUGUAAUAUUUAUAAUAACGAAUGUUGCUUGAACGAAGACUACUACUUACGAAUUUAAGGAAGUUCCAUUCACGGGAAUGAUACCAGGGGGGCUUCAUCCGGGAGAGAUGGUUGUUAUUCAGGGCUGUGUUCUCAAUGAGUCCGACAGGUUCCAGUUUGACCUCACCUGUGGCAGCAGCACAAAGCCACGGGCCGACGUGGCAUUUCACUUUAACCCCCGCUUCAGGACCUCUCCGUGCAUCAUUUGCAACUCAUUACAGCGAGGGAGCUGGGGUAAAGAGGAAAAGCUUGAGGAGAUGCCCUUCAAACAAGGAGCAUCAUUUGAGACGAUCAUACUAGUCCAGGAAAACAUCUUCAAGGUGGCAGUAAAUGGUGCACAUGUACUGGAGUAUAAACACAGAAUCCCUCUAGAGAGAGUCAACACAUUCUCCAUAUCAGGAAAAGUCCAAAUACAUGCCAUCGGCUAUGUCCCUAACUCAGCAAUAUUUUCAGAAUCAGGCGAUUUGAGUAUACCCUACAAAGGCAGUAUACUUAAAGGAGUCAGUCCUGGACAGCACAUCACAAUCAAGGGUCAUGUAAGCUUAUUUCCUCACAGUUUCACAGUAAACCUGAGAUGCAGCCAGUCAGAAAACAUUGCCCUGCACCUCAACGCACGGAUCAAGUCAGGCGUGAUCAUCCGCAACUCUUUCUUGAGCCAGUCAUGGGGUCCAGAGGAGCUGGAGCUUCCGUGCUUCCCCUUUGCGUCUGGGAAAUACUUUGAGAUAAUCAUCCUGUGUCAAUCUCAUCAGUUUAAAAUCGCUGUAAAUGGAGCCCAUCUGCUAGACUAUAGGCACAGAGUGCAGGAUCUGACAUCUAUUAACCAGCUGGAGGUCAUGGGAGACCUGGAAUUACAGGACAUUAAACUAUGGUGAUUGUGUAACCACCAACGGAACAUUCUGACUUCAGCCUUCCUUGUUUAAUAACUGUAAUAAUACAUCUAUAUCCUAGACAAGUAGUGCCCAUAUUUCCUUUAUAUAGCUAAUGGGGAAAAAGGGCUGAGUUUAUAAAAAUGAGACAAUAGUAAUGUUGCAACAGUAUGUACUUCACUACAUAGUGUUUGCAGAAAAGUACCUUUCCUGCCUUAUAUGUAAGAAUGGUGGUGUUGCGGGGAGAAUUAAGUAGUAAGCAUUUACAGAACCUGUAGAUUUACAGAAACUGUAGUAAUUUAAAAUAACACCUGGAUUUGCUACAAAUAAAAGCACUUUUUACAACUAGGUACAGUAAAAUAAAAAUAUGUUAGGCAGUAUGAAAACCUGAGCUAGUCAACAUUUUUUAUAUGGAUGACCAAUAUUUGUUGUGAUUCCCAAGUUGUUAAAAAAAAAGCAUUUCUUUUUGGUGGAAAUGGUACUGCUGAACUAUAUAUGGAAAUACAGCUGAAAGGGUGCAAAUGGACUGUUAGUGUUACUGUUAUGUAAUGUUCUUUAUACAUAAAGCAUGUAAUCAA